AUGUCAUUUCGUCUAGCCUCUCAAGUUGUUCGUAGAAACCUGCCAGUUGCUCAAGGCAUCUCUUUUGCUGCAAAAAGAGUUCUCAGGGCUCCAGUUCUGGGAAAAGUUACCGUUGCUCAAAUCCAGACUGGAAGAAGCUUUGCCACAUCAACUAGCAAAUGGAAUCAGCAAUCUGACAAUGUUCGUGACGUGUUGAAAUCUGAGAUUAAGGUUGAAUCCGAGGUUGCAGCUGACAAUUCUCUACAAUCCUUCCAAGAGUUCCUCGACAAGUUUGAGUUUACUAUUGUUGAGUCUCCAGGUAAGAACUUGGCCGAGAUUACUAAGAAGACUGAAAACGGAGAAACUGUUCAUGUUUUCUUUGAUGUAGCACAAGUUGCUAACUUGCCCUAUGAUAGUGCUCUGGCAGAGUCAGCUGCUCAAGAUGGCGAGGCGGUCAACGAGGAGGAUUACGAUUCUCUCUCUGACAAUUUUGCCAAUGUUAAUGUCGUUGUAGUCAAGGAUGCUGAUCAAUCCGCUGUUUCUUUGGAGCUGUUGAUGAACUUGCAGGAAGGAUCUUUCUACGUUGACAGCGUCACCCCCUUUAAGACAGCCCAAGAAGCUCUAGACCAAUCUGCUGAGGCAGAGGUUAAAAGGGAAUUGGUUUACCACGGGCCACCAUUUUCCAAUUUGGACGAGGAACUACAAGAGUCUUUGGAAGUCUACUUGGAAAGCAGAGGUGUCACUGAGGAGUUAGCCUCCUUCAUUGGUGCUUACUCUGAGUUCAAGGAGAACCAAGAGUAUAUCAAGUGGUUGAACGAUAUGAAGAAAUUCUUUAGUUAA